AUGCAACCUCGCCAGACGUCACACAAGGCGGAGGCCCAGUCGUCAAAAGGAAAAAGAAAAUUAGCAGGGAAAGCCAGAUUACCAGGAAAAAAGCCAAAAGUUUCCCCAUUUACGACACAGGGAAUAAGCAUCGAGGAAGUAGCCUCAUCGGAGCUAAUCCUCCCUGAAUUGAGACAGACCAUCAAGUCCAUUAUUACGGACAGGCAAGACGCUACCCUGACACCGGCACAGCCACAAAAAGAAGCUCCGCCAGAACACUAUGGAUUUUCAACUACUACAGUGGCCGCAGGCGACGUAUCUGAACAACAGAUUGACGUUGUAAUUAAUCCAAAACAGCCAGUGGCAAAAGAAGGGCAAGAAAAAAGUGUUUGGAUAGUCGGCUCAUCCAUUAUCAAGUGGGCUUUUCAACGAGCGAGCCUUUCACCCGAAAAAUCUCAUUUGGGUCUUAGACGUCUUAAUUAUCACAUCCUUUGGCAGGGCAAGGGUGGCCUAACUUGGAAAAAACUGUUUCCCCGCAUUCAGCUACUACUAAGGUAUGAACCAUCACCUGAUGUUUUAAUUGUUCACUGUGGUGGUAAUGAUAUGGGUAAUGUGUCUUUACUUGAUCUACGCGUAAUGAUGAAAGAAACAAUUCAAAUGAUUCAGUCUAAACUUCCAAAUACUAUCAUGGGGUGGUCCCAUAUUCUUCCCAGAUCUUCAUGGCGCUACAGUAAGAAUGUUAAAUCUCAAAAUCUGGCAGUCAAAAGAAUUAACAGUUUUAUGAGCAAAUUGUUUGUUGUUAAUAAUGGUUUUUAUAUCAGUUAUCCCGAGAUAUCUUGGGAUUCUAACGGAUUAUUUGUUAAAGAUGGUGUUCAUCUUUCCGACCUUGGCAAUGACAUAUUUCUAUAUAAUUUACAAAGUAAAUUGCAACAAGUCUGCUCUUCCAAUGGCGAACGUAGGUGCCGGUCAAUUUAAGCGUCGCUCAUCCUCCAAAUUUUUUGGCGGUGGUUGUUCUCCCUUUGCUUGAACAACCAUGUGGCGAUAUUUCGCGACGCUUUUGGCUUUCAUAGAUUUGAUAGCAUUAUUAUACUGAGUAUCUGUUCCCAGUACCAGUAUAAUUUUGUCUAUCUUUUUCAAUCAUAAAGCCAAUAAUGUAUAAUGUAUAAUGUCAUAAUGUACAAUGUCAUAAUGUAUAAUGAUGAAAUGCAUAAUGUAUGCAUAAUGAAUAAUGUUUAAUGAUGAAAUACAUAAUGUAUGCAUAAUGAAUAAUGUAUAUUCAUUAAUAAUGGAUGCCACAAUGUUUGAAUAAUGCAUAAUGUUAUCUUUGAGGGCUCCACAUUGGGACAGUGGUUAAAACUAUAAGCCCUCAAGCUGUUUAUGUGGCAUAAUAUUUAAUGUAAUGCAUAUAAUGUAAUGUUUAAUGUAAUGUAUAAUGAUUUUAGGGCUUGCCAAUUUAUCAUCCGGCAGCCCUAAGGCCGUGGCCGCGUUCGCCAACAACA